AUGAACGACCGCUACGGCUUUCUCACUGAAGAGCUCAGUCUGACGCAGAGGUUUCAGGAGCGGCCGAUGGACCGGCGGACGUUCCUACAUUGGGACCACCAUCCGCCUACCUACCUGAAAAGCUGGCUUGCCAACGUUGACGUUAGGUCCCAGAUCGGGCAUGUUUGCGAGCUGAAGGAAAAAGGCUACCCGCAGACUGUCUACCGAGAUAGACCGAAAUCCCGCUUUUUGGAGUUCGAUCAACCUUCUCGACUUCUCAACCAGUUCCAGACAACUUCGGUCAUACUACUCAUCUUAGACGGCAUCUGUGCCCUGCAGUACAUCGAGGAGCAGCCGAAACCUUCAUCACCCGCCGUUCAUCAGACACUAGAUUGCUCGUACAGCAUUCCGGUCGCCUUGAAUCCUAACGACGAGCAGCAAAACGCUGAUUGUCCUGGGAUAUUAUGA